GACGACUGUGGCGGAGAAGGCCCGGAGGGGCUCUGCGUUCUGGAGUGGCGCUACUUGGGCCGGUGGCAGAUUGCGGGCUGCUGGUGUCGGGCUGAGGAGAACCGCGAGUGUUUUGGACAUUUCGCGUCGGGAUCCGCGCAACGAUGAGCGCUGCCAGGGAGUCUCACCCGCACGGGGUGAAGCGUUCAGCCUCCCCAGACGACGAUCUUGGAUCUAGCAAUUGGGAGGCAGCAGACUUGGGCAAUGAAGAGAGAAAACAAAAAUUCUUGAGACUUAUGGGUGCAGGCAAAAAAGAACAUACUGGUCGUCUUGUCAUAGGAGAUCAUAAAUCAACAUCUCACUUUCGAACAGGGGAAGAAGACAAGAAAAUUAAUGAAGAACUGGAGUCUCAAUAUCAACAAAGUAUGGACAGUAAAUUAUCAGGAAGAUAUCGACGACAUUGUGGACUUGGCUUCAGUGAGGUAGAAGAUCAUGAUGGAGAAGGUGAUGUGGCUGGGGAUGAUGAUGAUGAUGAUGAUUCACCUGAUCCUGAAAGUCCAGAUGAUUCUGAAAGUGACUCAGAAUCAGAAAAAGAAGAAUCUGCUGAAGAACUCCAAGCUACUGAGCACCCUGAUGAAGUGGAAGAUCCCAAAAACAAAAAAGAUGCAAAAAGCAAUUAUAAAAUGAUGUUUGUUAAAUCCAGUGGUUCAUAACUCCCAAACACUUAGUCUUUGUAUUAAAAGUAAGCCUUAUUGUUAUAAUGCACAGUGGAGGACUGCUUAUAGAGCACAGACCUUUGUAUUAUAAUUUUUAAAAAGGCCCUUUUAAAUAAUUACAAAGUGUUUGCUUUCAAAUGCCAUUCGUUACACUUUUAUGGGCAUGACUAUAACCAUUUUGUAAAGAGUAAGAGUUGUAUAAAAUAAAUAAAUACAGUACUCAACUUCCUUUCAUAUUAGCAUCAUCAGCCCUUUAACCUCACCUUUUACCCCUUCUGAUGCAUUGUGGGGAAGACACUUUUGUGUUUGGUAGCUAUUUCAUCCUUGUUUUUGUUCCUUCAUAUUUUUCUCUUAUAAAAAUUUGAUACUGUGAUGUGUUCAUGAAAAAUAUUCCUUAACUAAUAGUUUGUUAAAGUAGAAUUAUUCAUCAUGGAUAUUUCUGCUGCCAAUCACAAUCUAAAUUAUUGUUGGCAAAAGAUUAGCUAUUUAGUUUACUCUUACCGAUUCAGUUCUGCUCUUUUGGACCAAAACAACAUGAGAGCAAGUACAUUAAUCAAAGUCCCAAGUUUUCAGUUCUAUAUAGGAUGAUGGGACAUAUUGGGUUAACAUCUGUUGGGUGGGAAUUCAGCUGACAUACAUUUGGAAUGUAUAAUCCCAGCCUUUAUAAUAAUUUGGAUUACAUUGUAUGUUGGGUUUUUGAUAAAAUUUGGCUAAAUUUUUACAAAUGAAAUUAUUUCUCUGAUCAUUUAGUCCUAUCUAUUUAGAAAUAUGUUAAACUGGAUUUUUUUUUUUUUAAGCAACAUGUGACCAAAGUUCAUUUUUUUUCUCCUUAAGGUCUAAAUAAAGAGAAAGCAGUUUCCCAUAUUUGGUUGUGAUACCUUUGUCCUCAUUGUCUAAAAAUGAGGAACGGGCUUAUUGACUAAGAAGCUGAAACAAGAAAUUCUCUUCAUUUUAUCCCAGUGCUGUUACUUGAUUGUCUAAUUACUAAAAGAGGUAUUAGUUUCUAAUUUUAUUGAUUCUGUUGGAGUGAGAUUAGAAUAAUCUGUGGCUAUGUGGUUGAUUUGUACAAUGAAUUAACAUGUGUUAUGGGUUAGUCAGUGGAUCUGAAUAAUUGUUUCCAAGUAACAGGUUCAAAGAUGUGAGCCAAACCUGUUUGUGAAAGCUAAAAAUUUUAUAUCUAGUUAACUUAAGUAUGUGUUUGAUGCGUUUUCCCCCCAAGUACUCUAUCAUUUUGUAAUUUAGAAUGUGCUAGAGUGCAGCAACUAAAACAGGUGAUUUCCAGUUAUAGACUGUGUAUUGCAAUAUUUUUCAUAUAUCUGGCUCCUAAAGUAUGUUUUUUUGUUUGCUUUAUACUUUUUUUAACUUCUCGUGUUGUUUGAAAAUAGGUGCCACCCUACUAUUUAAAAUAAUGAAUUUAAGUGACAGUCAAUAUGUAUGACAUUUAACAUACUUGGUUUGUAGAAGUUUGGCUUUAUUCAGCUAUUUUAAUAAGAAUGAGAGAGACCUGUGUUAUGUUCUAAAAAGUGAGCAUUUUCAUUAAUUCUUGGUUUAAACAUGCUGGGUUGCUUAUGA